AUGGAGAACUUCACUACCACCACGGACUCCGCCGGCUCUAUGGGAAGUCUUCAAGCAUCGAAGGACGCGAAAGCUGAGGAUACCAUCUCUGAGACAGAACGCUUGGUCAUAGUCGUCAUGCUGUCAUGUUUGUCUGCGGUGGGAAUUGUCGGCAAUGCCCUGGCCAUCUAUGUCUUCACCAACCUCAAACAAAAGAUGACCUCCACCAUAUUCAUCCUUACGUUGGCUGGCACUGAUUUUCUCACUUGUCUCAUCACCAUUCCCUUCACCAUCGCGAUCGAGUCCCUGGAGUAUCGGGUUUCCGUCGACGCCAUCUGUAAGGUGUACCACUUCCUGAUCACCACCACAGUUCCCUUCUCGUGUGUGAUCAUCGUGGCGAUAGCAGUGGAUAGAUACAUGUGCAUCUGUCAUCCCUUUCACCACUGGAUGACAAUUAGGAGAGCUAGGAUCAUUAUCAGCGUUCUCGUCUGCGUUAUCUUCAUCAUCGGAGGCAUCGCCUGCAUGCACUACACCAUCUACACCCAGUUGACCCGUCACGGCAAUACAACAAGCAUGCCUCAGAUGCCCUACUUGCUGAUGAAUGUCACUUCUACUCAAGAUCCGGACCUAGAAAACUCCUCAUUUUCUACUGACCCAACGCUGACUGAAUUUCAGACUUUCACAGAACCACAUGUGGGCAUCUGUAAUGUCAACACUCACGCCAUUAAUCAGCGUUUUUUCAGCGUUUUCAGAACUGCAUAUUCUGCCAUAUUCCUUGUUUCCUGUAUCAUUGUUUUGGUUCUCUACAGUAUCAUCUACAGGUCUGUUAUUGCCCAGCGCCGAAAGAAGCUGCGAAUCAAGUCCACACAGUGCUGCCUGCUCUGGAAUGCAGCAAGUAUCGACGCAUCACAAGAAGCCGUAGAGAUGACCCAGGACUUUGAGCUCAGUCAGGUCAACGGAGAGGAACGCUACCCACCGCGACAGGGCUGCGGCGUCACUGAGUAUUCAGAGACACAGAAUAACGGCCUUAUCCGUAAGGGCUCUUUAUCCAAGGCCCGAAUUGAGAAAAUGCGAGUUGCUAAUAUCAAGACAGCCUUCACCCUGUUUAUUGUCACCUUGGUCUUUAUUGUGGCCUUCCUGCCUUCUUGGUUGAUGGCGCUUAACUUUGUCAGCAUGAACGUUAUUGUAUUCUACAUGCACUAUGUUUACAAUGUUGUUAACCCGUUAAUUUACGCGUUUCUCAACCAAAACUUCAAAACGGAACUGCGACGAAUAGUUCGAUGUCAGAAUCACUGA